CCUUCGUUAUAAGACCGGAUUUCACAGCUGCACCGAUACUGAUACCUGGCUUUGUGUCAGUGAGGACUGUGGGACUCGGACUAGUCUAGCGGUUCAGACAGUGGACCAGGAGAUAUCCGGAGACUGGUGUCAGACAGAGGGACGCAUGACCCGACACGUCUCCAAUAACACACACACUUUUGACCUUCGUAUGGAUGGGGGUAACUGGAUAUCUACCACUAAUAACGUUGUUCGUUGGAGGCUGUUGACUCAUGUGGAUCUUGGGGUCAGGUCUGACACAGGGAAAGUCAACCGAUCUCCACAGACUACCGUCAUACCUCUGAUGCGUGUCCCAGUCAAUUGUCGAAGAGACUUCAACAUGUUGUCCUUUGACCCAGAUGGGGAUGCGGUCAGAUGCAGAUAUGCAGUACCAACGGAUGAGUGUGUCACAUCUAGUAACCUUGCCGGUGUUAACUUCACUCUGCGAUGGGACUGCACCUUGUCGUUCUGGAGCAACACGAAUACAACUGGAACAUACGCAGUUCAGAUGAUGAUGGAGGACUUCCCUACUCAGUCCAUCUCUCUCUCCUAUACUAAUGGAUCUCAAUCUAACAGGACCUCUGGCCAAACACUCAGCAAACUGCCUGUUCAGUUUGCAAUGACAGUCGAUCCCGUGGUGCCGUCCUGUACAGAGGGGGUGUACAUACCCAUGUUCCUGUCUCCAACGCCAGCCCAGGGAGCACUGCUCUACGCCUCCGCAGACCAUCCCCUGGAGAUCAGUGUCAGAGCACAGGCUACCCACUCCACGGUUUCAGAGCUGUUGAUGAGCGGACCUGGCAACAUCAGAGAGAACACCACUAGCCCAGGAGAGCACCUUCUAAGAUGGACGCCUACUGAUGAUGAGGAGGGAGGGUACUAUCCUGUGUGCUUCAUUGCUCAGGGAGUGCUUGGCAGUUCCAGGUAUCAGUCUGAGCUGCGCUGUGUGAUCGUCAGCGUUAACUCAAGUGCCAUCACAACCACACCGAUUACAGCUACAUUUCCAACUGCCACCCAACCAACUAGUGACUUCACAACAUUCAGUACAAACCCAACCACCGAUCUCACCACCAACAAUGUGGACAAUACAACCAUGAGUAAUGGGCCUAGAUACGUUGUUGGACUGGGGAUGAAACUGUCCUCUCUGACAUCAUUAACAGAUGAUCACAUCAGAGAAACGGUCUUACAGAAGCUCCGURAGGAACUGAUCAGACGAGGGCUGUCGGGGGACGUCACGCUACGCCUGAGAGCCAGUCAAGAGAUCAGCCCCUGAAAGACUUUCUUGCACUCAAUUGUCUUUUGUUCGUGGCACUGAUUCUGCAGACAGUGGUUCUUUUGAAGAAGAAGGGUUUACUUGACUGUAUAUGGAGGCUGCUGAGGGGAGGCUCAUAAUAACGGAUGGAAUGGAGUGUAAAGGCUGGAAUGGAGUGUAAAGGCUGGAAUGGAGUGUAAAGGCUGGAAUGGAGUGUAAAGGCUGGAAUGGAGUGUAAAGGCUGGAAUGGAGUGUAAAGGCUGGAAUGCAGUGUUAACACAUAACUGUGUUUGAUACUAUUCCCUUUACUCCAUUUCGGACAUUAUUAUAUGCCGUCCUCCCCUCAACAGCCUCCAUUGAUGUUACAUACAUGGUAUGGUGUGAGAUUUUAGUUCUGGGUUGUCAAUAUUUUUUUUUUUUACCUACCUUAGUUGAAUGUUCUGUCUGUAAGUCGCUCUUGAUAUCUGUUGAUUAGUUAUAUUAGUUAUUAGUUA